UUGCACAUUGGGAACUGCCCCUUCCAGAAAGGAAGGUGCCCCACCCAUAACAGAAGUACCUUGGGUGGCACAUUAGCUAGCACAUUCUGCUGGACUAAACGCUUUAAAGAUGGCUCAGUGCGUGACCAAGAUUCAGCUGUCCAUCUCCUGUACAGAUCUGCUGGACAAAGAUGUUGGUUCCAAAUCUGAUCCCCUGUGCGUGGUUAUGCAAAAUGUUGGAGAUGGAAAAUGGAUAGAGCUGGCACGUACAGAGAGGAUCAAGAACUGCCAGAGCCCAGAAUUCUCCACAAAACCCAUUGUCGAUUACUAUUUUGAGAAAGUGCAAACCAUGGCAUUUAAGAUCUACGACAUUGACAAUAAAUCAGUCGACCUUUCGGAUGAUGAUUAUCUUGGAGGCUAUCAGUGCACCCUUGGACAGAUUGUGUCCAGUCAGAAGAUAAAGGGACCCUUGGAACUGAAGCAAGGAAAGCCAGCUGGGAAAGGAAGCAUUACUAUCAGUGCCGAAGAGAUGAAGGACACCAGGGUAAUUAACAUGGAUGUAGAAGCCAGAAAUCUUGACAAUAAGGAUUUCCUUGGCAAAUCUGAUCCAUUCCUGGAAUUCUUUAAGCAAACAGAUGGUGGAAGCUGGCAACUAGUAUACCGCUCAGAGGUAAUCAAGAACAAUCUCAACCCUACCUGGAAGAAGUUCAGCGUUCCUCUGCAGACUUUCUGUGGUGGGGACAUGAACAAACCCAUUAAGGUACACUGUAGCGACUAUGAUAGUGAUGGCUCCCAUGACUUGAUAGGGAUUUUUGAGACUAACCUGUCUCAGCUGCAGAAGGCUGGAGGAGGUACUCCGGUGGAGUUUGACUGUAUCAAUCCUCAGAAGAAACAAAAGAAGAAAAACUAUAAGAACUCUGGCGUUGUCAGGGUUAAAUCAUGCAAAAUCGAUGUGGAGUACUCCUUCCUGGACUACAUAAUGGGAGGCUGUCAGAUCAACUUCACGGUGGGUAUAGAUUUCACUGGCUCCAAUGGGGAUCCCAAGUCCCCUGACUCUCUCCACUACAUCAGCCCAAAUGGAGUCAAUGAGUACCUGACAGCAAUCUGGUGUGUGGGAAACGUGGUUCAAGAUUAUGACACAGACAAGAUGUUCCCAGCAUUUGGGUUUGGAGCCCAGAUCCCUCCAAACUGGAAAGUAUCGCAUGAGUUUGCCUUGAACUUCAACCCAAGCAAUCCUUACUGCCCAGGUGUACAGGGCAUAGUAGAUGCUUACCGUCAGGCCCUGCCUCAGGUCCGUCUCUACGGCCCAACCAAUUUCUCUCCUAUCAUCAACCACGUUACUCAGUUUGCGGCAGCUGCAGCUCAGCAGAAAACUGCCUCUCAAUACUUUGUGCUUAUGAUCAUCACCGAUGGGGAAAUUACAGACCUGAAUGAGACCAGAAAUGUUAUCGUGCAAGCCUCCAAACUGCCAAUGUCCAUCAUAAUCAUCGGAGUGGGCAGCGCAGACUUCAAGGCUAUGGAAUUCCUGGAUGGGGACAACGGAGUUCUAAAGUCCUCCAGCGGGGAACCAGCUGCAAGAGACAUUGUCCAGUUUGUGCCUUUCCGCCAGUUUCAAAAUGCACCUCGGGAAGCUCUAAGCCAGGCUGUUCUGGCAGAGGUUCCCAAACAACUGGUCUCUUAUUUCAAGUUGCUUGGUCUGAGCCCUGUGAAGCUUCCAGAGAAGAGUAAACCAUAGGAGAUAUCUCGGAGUUGUUACCCUUCGACAAGGUGCUUCUCACAUUCCCAAGCAGAAGAAUAGCAAAUACUGGAUUUCCCCCUUUUUUCUCUCAAUUCGUUUUUUAUAUAUGUAUCAUAGCCUGUUGUAUUCACACUUAUUUUACUCUGUCAAAUUUCCAUGCCAACAUACACAGGGGUCUGCACAACUCCAGGGUACCUUUAACAUGAUGGACAUUGGGGUCAGGGGCUAUUAGGAAUUGGGCAAUCAGGCCAUUUAAUGGGUGCCCGUACCUGUUACCAACCACUUGUAGCAGUUAAUAGUUUUGUGUAGACUUUUUUUUUGUACAUUUUGUGUGAAUGUAGAAUGUCUGAAAAAUCAGCUAGGCUGCACUUUUUGAAUUGGCAAAUCUGUUGCAGAAUUUCUUAUCCAUGUUACUCUAUAUUUAUAAAGCGCUUGGCCUGGGUUCAAAGGUUAAUUUGAUGUUUACAUGAUUAGAGCUCUGUAAACACUUGUUAUAAUGAGCCCCUUAGCUUGUUAUACAGAAAAUGCUCUUUGUGAAGUAUUAAGGGCCAGAAGCAUCUAACUGAGUGAAUGUUUCAAAACUCUUUGCACCCACAGACUGCUGGAACGAUAAGUUUUGGCGUAAGAGAGGCCCAGUGCCUGUAUAAUAGUACCAAAUACCUUCCUGUGCCAUACGUUGCCUUGCCUUGGACUUGCAAUAGACUUUAUUAGUGCACUACUUUGCUCUCUUGAAUGCUGGAUUUAUUUUUUGCAUUUACCAAAUGCUUUAUUUUUAUAGUUCCCGCCGUGCCUUUGAGAUAACCGUGCUCCUAUUAUGGCUGCUGCUAGAGCUUUCUGAAUGGUUUGCCUGGUGUGUUCCAAAUCCUGGGUGGGCUGCCUAUUCCUGAAAGCUGCAAAAAAAAAAAAUGGGGAGGUUUAUUAUUGUUACAAAUAACAGAAUGGCCAAUACUUAUAGAACAUAUAUGUCUGAGAAGCACAUAAACCAGAUUGUUGCCAUUACAAACUUUUACUCAUAAUAGUUUUUAGGUACAAUGUGACUGAUAUAUAAAACAAAUACUAUAAACACCUAUGUAACCAAACACUGUUUUUCUAUAUUUUUUUGACAUUUUUUUUCCUUGAAUAAUUAAUAAUGACGAUUGUGAUUACCA